AUACCGAGAUGACGCGGCAAGGAGCUGCACUUGCACCAUUUGUGUAUAUUAGUGUUUAAACACACUAUGCCGAAAAUACGCGACCGAAGUUCCAUGGCUGAUUUUACGUUCCAACGCAUUCGGCUGAUAUGACACACGAUAAGAGCCGAAAUUACGCGGCAGAAAUUCAGUUGUGUAACUUUGUGUGGUGGGUAUUCAGUGUCUCAAGCGUUGUCGUGGCGUCGUGCCGUGUUAUCUACACAGUACGCAAAACGAAGUGAUCUUCUUAAGGUUCCGUUGUUAUUUUUGAGUUCUGCCUGUGUUGUCUGAACACUGACUGUACACUGUACCCAGAGGACAAAUAUAACUUGGGUGAGGCUUAUAAAAACUUAAUAGGAAAAUCACUUCAAUAUAAGAUGCCCUAUGACAAACAAUUUUGCACAGAAUGUGCGCAGAGAUUGAUUAACUGUAAUAAGUUCAGAGAAAAGAGUUUGAGAGCUUAUAACUUAUUAUCCAUAUUAUCAAGUAAGCAUGAUUUGUUAACAACACAAAACGUAAGGAGAAUUAAUAGAUCAAAAAAUUAUCUAACUUCUAAUAUAACAAAGAAGAUGUUUGAACCAGAUCACUGUGACUAUUCUUACCUUGUGCAAGACCGACCACUUCAAGUUAAAAUGGAACUAAAAACCAAAGAAGAUAAUGGAGACAUCGAAAUAAUAAUUGAACCCAAAAAAGAACUCGCCGACAUAAAAAGUGAUGACGAAUUUCUGAACGAUGAUAUAGACAACGAUACAGAGUUCCUAUACAGUGACAAUAAAUUAGCGAAUGAGGAGGGAAUCAAAAACAACUUGUUCAACGACCGCUGCGAGACUGAUGAAUUCUGCGGUGGCGAUUCGAAUGCCGAUAGUGACAUGGAACUUGUCUGUAUUGGUGAUGUACAGGAUAUUGAUGCACCGAAAAGGAAACGCAAGGAUACACCUAAAAAUGACGCAGGACACAAUUACGAUACAUUUAACACAGUUGUUAACACCGUUCAGGAGGAUCUAAAGGCGUUUAGGAUUACAAAGUUGAAUCACAAAGAGCAGUUAGCAGAUAUACAGAGGCGAAAGAAAUCGGAUAAUUACAAAAACUCUCCACACAAAUGCAGAGUAUGUUAUAAGGGAUUUGGUACCAUGUCCACUUACGAAUCUCACAUGAAGAGACAUAGCGACAUAUUUGGACCGGCCGAAUGUCCUAUAUGCAAGAUGUACUUCAAAACGGAAAGUUUAUUGCGUCAUCAUAUCAACCAAAGUCACAGCAUGAGAUUCAGUUGCAAGAGCUGUCCAUUGGUGACCAACCACAAGAAUUCAGCAGUGAACCACGGACGCUGGCAUAAAGGUCUCAAAUUCAAAUGCCAGCAUUGUGAUGAGGAGUACAGUAAAAAGACUACAUAUUUAUCCCACCUACGCAUAAGGCACCCGUCUGACGUAGUUUGCACGAUGUGCGGGUUCUCGUUCAUCACUGAGAAGGGUCUAAAGAUGCACAUCAACUUCAAGCAUCACUUCGACUACGUGGAGAAGCCAGACGGUCCCGCAUGUGAGGCGUGCAACGUACGCUUCGCUACCGACGUCGCUUAUAAAGCUCACUUGAGCGUUUCACCGAAACAUACAUACCCCGUCAAGAGAAACGAACCCGUCGUAAAAAGAACUGGACGCAGCGCCAUUUGCAAAACACAGCUCGUCGAAUGUGAACAGUGCGGUACUAAACUAAAAGGCUUCAAGUUGUAUAAUUAUCAUUUUAAGAGAUUCCAUCCGGAAAAGAAUCAGACUCAGUUCCCGCCGCAAUUUCCGAAGCCUUUACUGUGCGAGUUGUGCGGCAAAUCUUUUAAGAUGGCUUGCUUCCUGCGAGACCACGUGCUGACAGCUCACGCCGCCAGCAAGCCGGAGUACCAGUGCAACAAGUGUAAUAAGAAGUACUCCCAAAGAUCUAACCUAAUAGUUCACCUCAAGAGUCACACGGGGGCGCAGCCAAGUUUUGGAUGCCCCACAUGUGGGAAGAAGUUCUCGAACAAGGCGAAUAUGAAGAGACAUAUAUUGACCCACAAAGUUCUGAAGCCGUUUAAAUGUCACGCAUGCGAUAAGACAUUCGUUAACGCCUCGGAGAGGAGGUAUCACGUGUUGCACUCUCAUCUGAAGAAGCCGUGGCCGAAAAAGAACCGUGGCCCCAGGGUGCGAGCGAGUCGAUCCCGUAACACUACAGAGGCAGUUUGUGGCAUCGCAAUACCUGAGCAGAACAGGGCGACUAGCAAAGGUGACGAUUCUCAAGAAUGAAAAUUUAUCGAGAGAAUUUAGGUCUCAGAGUUUACUUUUUAACUGCCGAUUGGCUGUGGGCCUCCUUGCUUUCCGAAUCCAAGGUAGUGGGUUCGAAUCCCAUAACUAGUAAAUGUUAGUGUGAUGAACAUGAAUGUUUUUUAGUGUUGGGUGUUUAUCUAAAUAUAU